UUGUUAUAGGUGCUGCUUUCAAAAGGAAAGGUCCGGCCAACAUGUGAUCAAAUAUUAACAGGACGGGCUUGGCAAGGAAAAAUUCACGUCACAAGGCGUGCGGAAGCAGUAGAGUAAAGAGUUUCAAGUGGCACCUAACAAAACUAUAGAUUUUUUUGCCCCUUUAGUUACCCUCGCUGUGUUAUGCUUUCAGCACGUUGGACAGAGGCACCGGAGUCGUGCAUGGACUAAAACACCAAGUGGACAUCAACUCUCUCUUUUGCCGUCCCCUUGCCAAACCUGGGAUUUUUUUCAACUUUUGGUAAGCGUGCUGAGCGAGCCCUCUGAUCUAUAACGGAAAUCCGGAGAAAAGCGCUUGUCAAUAAAGGGCUCGAGCAUUGAGAUUUGUCGCGCUACUUGAGCAUGUGAAAGUUGAAAUCUUAGAGCCGAUGUAGGGCGUGCGUUCCUUGCAAGAGCCUCUCUUGGUAUACACCGUUAACUUGGGAGAUGCAAGUCUUGGUCUUGGAUAUCUAACCACACAUAGUGGUUGUCAGCCCUUAAAAAGUUCCACCAGGUUAGAAGAGUGAUGACCAUCCUGUUCCUUACUAUGGUUAUUUCAUACUUCAGUUGCAUGAGAGCUGCGCCCCUGAGAGACAGCCCAGGCAUGCGGGGCCAUCGGACAGAAGGCUACCUGAGUCCCGCAGCCUCGUCCGCCAGAGGGCACGGGACUCCACAGGGCAGUGGGGGCCCGGCCCAGCGUGGAGGGGCCAUUCCCUCCCUCACAGACACGUUUGAGCAGGUGAUAGAGGAGCUGCUGGAGGUGGAGGGGGAGGCGGCGGCCGCAGCGCAGCUGGGGGCAGGGGCUGACCAGGGUCAGGGCAGAGGCGGCCCGGCGUCCUCCUCCGUGGUCACCACGGAGACAAAGGACGUUGACCUGUACGCAUCGCGGGUGAUGAUCAGCAACCAAGUGCCUUUAGAGCCGCCACUGCUCUUUCUACUGGAGGAAUACAAAAACUACCUGGACGCCGCAAACAUGUCCAUGAGGGUGCGGAGGCACUCCGACCCGUCCCGGCGUGGGGAGCUCAGCGUGUGUGACAGUAUUAGCCAGUGGGUUACUGCGGUGGACAAAAAGACGGCAAUAGACAUGUCUGGGCAGACCGUGACCGUCCUGGAAAAGGUCCCCGUCCCCAAUGGCCAACUGAAGCAAUACUUUUAUGAGACAAAAUGCAACCCUAUGGGGUACACAAAGGAGGGAUGCCGUGGAAUUGACAAGCGACAUUAUAACUCCCAAUGCAGGACAACCCAGUCCUACGUGCGUGCUCUCACCAUGGAUAGCAAAAAGAAGAUUGGCUGGAGGUUUAUAAGGAUAGACACUUCGUGUGUAUGCACAUUGACCAUUAAAAGAGGAAGAUAGUGUAUAUAAUGUAUAGAUUUUAUUGAGAGUUUAAAAAAGAGAGUAAAGAGAAAAUAUCUAUUUGUAUAUAUACAUAACAGGGUAAAUUAUUCCGUCAAAUGAAAAUUUUAUGGACUGCAUGUAAAAAAAGAUGAAGUUUAUACAGUAAAAGUGAUACUACAGUCUAUUUAUUGAACAUAUUCAUGACCUUGUAAACAAUUAAAAAAAAUAUCUGAUCAGUCAUUUGCGCCCAGUUUAAAUUACUAUAUCACAUUCCUCAAGACGUGUGGUUUGUUUACGUUGCCAAGAAUCUGAGAAUGAAGGAGAAGACAGGUGGGAAGGAAGAGAGGUCGAGGAGGACAGUUCCAUUUUAAAACUUGCAUGCUGCUUCAAUUGUGAAUUGAGAAAUUGUCCACUUAAGAAAAAAAAAAGAGAUGAUACAGACCAAAACAUUCCGUUUACAUCCUCAACAGUAAAAGGUUUUCCUCUUAAGUACAUUCUGUCUACUGUUCUAAACUUCUGAAGGUAAUGUUGGACUUACAUACUAUGUCAAGGUGCUGUUGUCAAAGCUUUGCUGUUUAUUUUUUUAUCCCCACCAGAGGACAAAAUAUAUAAGAGUAUAUAAAGUUUAUUCAUUAACAUAUGUUUCUGGAUUAAUAUAAUUCAUUUUGUAUGUUGUGAAGUUGUUUGCAAUAUUAAAUUGAAAUAUUUGAAGAAAUAAAAAUGAUUAUAGGCAACUGAAAAACAAAAACAAUGUCAAUA